AUGCUCUUGGAGACACAGAAACUGGAGCGUAAAUUCAAGGAGGACGUUCACGUUGAUGGUCGAGGAGGAGAAUGGCUGUGUUGGUGCUUGGCCUUCCGGAGUCCGACCGGCGACUACGACGUAAACAGCGCUCACCGUCCCACUACUGGCGCCCAUCCGCCUCAAGGCGCAAGGCAAUCAGUGGGCAACCUCGAGCAAUUCAUCCAGGAUGAAAUCGGCGUGCACGAGGAUGCCGUGCUAGUAUAUCUCUCCGAUGGCACGCGCCUGAGGACGGAUAAUUUAGCAGAGCUCGCAGGAGCACAGGACCAGACCAUCUUCGUUUUCAACAAGUUCUACAUUGAAUAUGAAUUGGACGACGUCCUACAUGACCUCCGCGUUGAGCCGCCUUUGCAACCUCCAAUUGAAGAGGAACUCUCCACCACGCCCCCAUAUCGCCCCUCUGCUCUCUCCACCACCUACCUCCGCACGGCGCAUACCCACCUCGCCGCCCUCCAAGCGCUGGUCAACUCCUUACACGUGCAACACCAGUCGCUCUUACUUUCCUCGCGCGCCCUCGAUCUGCACGUCCUCAAUACCUCCGACACCUUCGACGCCCUCUCCGCAACGCUCAUGCCCCUACUCUCCCAGCAACAGAAGCUCUUGCAAGGGGUGGACGGAGACCUGGGCCUCGUUGCGCGGGUACAGGUGCACCCCGAGUUCCUAAGCGCGAACGUUAGGAGAGCGAUCGAGCACGGUGAAAUUGCGAAGAUGCGGACCUUGGGCGAUUAUGUGAGCGACGCGAAGAUGAGGCAGGUCGCGGAGACGUGUCGGAAGACCAAUGGAGACUUGCAAGCGAAGUUCAGGCAAGCGCAGCAGGCUAUGGCCCAGCUGUCCGAAGGCACCGACGAAGUUAGGGACAUUGUCUCAAAUGCCAGUCACCUGGACGAUGCCGAAGCUUCCUUGAGACGGGCACAGGAGCUCUACGAUCAAAUUAGCGACGCAGCUGCGAGCCUAGAAAGUCCGGCCGCUGAUACUGAGGGCCUCCUACGAGAGCUCCGUCAACUUGACUCCGCCUUGCGAUCAGAAGUAAUCUUCGUCACCAGUGCAAAGAACUCCUACACCCAGCAAUGUAUCUCCGCCCUCCGUCGCAUCUCCGCGCUCAAUGCCGACCUCGUCCAACUACCACCUCUUCUAUCCUCGUUGCAAGCCUCUUACCGCGCCAAGAACUCGUUUUCGCACAUAUCGCGCCUUCAUAACAUGUUAUACGUGUACGGCGCGACCGUGGUAGAGAUCGUGCGACGAAAAGAGUUCGCCAGGUUUUUCUAUGGUAGGGCACAGAACGUGCUCGAGGUGAUGGCGAAGCUCUCGGCGAGCGAGAAGAAGAGACGGCAGGUAUAUAGGAGUGACAUACAUGGCCAGCUGCCAUUCGACCCGCGGGGUAUGGACGAACCUGUACCUACCAUCGAUUUCUCCACGAGUCGGGGCAAUCUCGAUGACUCAUCCGGAUACACAUUGGAAAGGAAGGAUGUGGAUGAGUUAAUGCGGUUCAUGAACGAACUUGAGGGGUUCGCACAUACGCUCGAUCCAGUGGCUGUUGAGACGGUGAAGGAGGCGAAGUUCGGACUUGAGAAGCUGAUUGCGAAAAUGGAUGGACUGGAGGCAUCGUUUGACCGCCUCGCGGAACGCUCACUACUCUCCUCUUCCCGGUUGAUGUCUUCACGGCGACGCAUCAACGGAGCGGAUGAACAAGCGUACCAAGAACUCGCUGACCAGCUACGUGAAGCACAGCAAGCCAAGGCAGCACUCGAAGCGAGCUCUUCGCAAGAGCGUGCUAGACUACAGGCUGAGAUCACCCAACUGCGUGCCAACGCGGAAGAGCUUAAUACUUCCGUGAACACCGAACGCGAGCGAUCAGACCGCCUCGAACGAGAUCUGCAUCUAGCUCGCGCUCAGAUUGAGGGAGAUACGAAGGCGCGAAAGGUCCUCGAAAGCCGACACGCCGAACUGCUGGCGGAGGUGGACUCCAUGCGCCGCUCGCAUGCCGAAGCCCUUGCGGAGGCUACGGAACAGACGAAGGCGGCUGAGGUUCUCCGGCAAGAGCUAGACCAGGUCCGCGCGGAGGCGGAGGCCGUCAAAGCCCUCGAGACGCGGAACUCAGACCGCAUCGCGAGACUCGUGGUUGACCAAGCCACGACGCUGCGUAACUUGGAGGAGGCUCGCGCACGUGGAGAGGACCUGGAGUCGCAGAUCAAAGCCGCGCGGGCGGACAGCGACCAGGUUCACCGCGCGCUCGACGACGCGCGGAGAGAGAAGGACCGUCUCUUGCGCGCGCAGGCGAGCGAGCACGACCGAAUUAUGCGCGACCACAUGGUCGAGGCCGACUCGGACCGUGCCGUGCUGCAACACCACUUCUCGGAGUUGAAGGCGACUCUUGAGGACAAGACACGCGAGCUCAAAGACAUGAAAACCGAGAUUGAAAUCCAGAAGGCGGACGCGACGGGUUUGCGCGAGGAGCUACAGCGCGUUGAACUCGAACUUCGCGAAUCAAGGCACGUAGAACGGAUUUUGCGGGAGGAGCUUAGGAGUGGCGAGUACUCGCACUCUGAGAUCGAGCAUAGGGAGGAGCAGAGCAACAGACUGGUCGCUGAGAUCCUCGCCGUUGCCAUUGCAUUCCGAAAUGCCCAGGUCAAAGCCAUGAACGCCGCGCAGGCUAUGACGGCCCACCCGAGUGCCGCCAGCAAGGCCUCCUCCAACCUCACCGACUCGGUUUUCCACUCCAGUCCUGGUCCUUCGGUGUCACCCCUUUCGGCCGGGUUCAGGCGAAACCUCAUCAUGCAGCAAGACGAGCCCGAGCCCAUCGACCCGAGCGACCCUGCUGCUGCGCUGGAAGUUCUUCGUAGCUUUGACCAGGACCUUUUCCUCGAGGCCAUCGCCAAGACCGGCUCCACCAUCAGGAAGUGGCAGAAGCAAUGCAAGGAAUACCGCGAGCGCGCUAAGGGCAAAAUUUCGUUCCGAAAUUUCGCCAAGGGCGACCUCGCGCUCUUCCUCCCGACUCGUAACUCAGUGUCCAAACCUUGGGCCGCAUUCAACGUUUCGUUUCCGCAUUAUUUCCUUCAGGCGAACGGGCAUCUCGCGGAGCAGUUGAAGACACGAGAAUGGAUUGUCGCCAGAAUCACAUCGAUAACGGAGCGAAUAGUCGACGGUAACGAUCCCGACAGUAACCCGUAUGGACUAGGGGAUGGCGUGAAGUACUACAUGCUCGAAGUGGAGGACUGGACGCAGCCUACCCCAUCCGGCAAACGGAAGGUGUCGUCUCGACAAGUAUCCACGACGGACAGAGAGCCGCCCGCGAGUCCUCCCGCGGACGUUAUCUCGCCUCCCCCAGGCCCGCCGGAGGCCGAAGUCGAGGAAUCCUUCGGCGUUACCCGGGCACCUGCGUCCCACCUAUUCCCUGUACGACAACGAGCCAGCUCAUCCCCUACAGCGGGACCGUCAGCACUGUCUCGACUUCUUGCUCAGGCACCGGCUGAAAAUGGACUCGAGCCCAUCCCAGCCACGCCCCCGUCCGCUGGAACACGACCUUCGUCCCCCGGGGCGAGUCCAUCCCCGGCGCCGGAACCUGAACCGUCGGCGCGGCCAUUGACACGGUCGCCUUCUCCUGCGACCUCCCCUCCACCACCACCCUCACCUAUUGUUACCCGGAAUACACCUCCCGCCGCUGUCUCCGGAUCUACGAGCACGCCGCAUCUACCCUCGCCUCUGCGACCAGGCUCGCGCGCAUCACGCAAUUCGACGUCAUCACGAUUCUCAGUGCGAAUACCCCCAUUCGGUGGUGCCACGGUGUCCGGGUCUGCCGCCAAGGCGUCACCUACGACAGCGCUGGCCAUUGCAGAACAUCCGAUCUCUCCUAGCCAGACAAUGCCGGCGGCUAAUGAUAUCCAAUCUUCGCCCUCACCGGACGAAUCCAUUUUUGAGGGCAUGUCUAACCAGUUGAUGCAACAUGAUCGACGGCGGACGACUUCAUACCAUAUACCGAGACCGUCGCCGCUUACGGGAUCGCCAUCGAUUUCCAACGCGCGGGGAACCAUCACCUUUGCCAACCUAGCAAACAGCUGGGGUUUCGGGCGCAAGAAGAGGUUGCCGGUAGCGGCUCUCAAGCCGGCAGUCGCGGACGCGCCAACAGAUACCACUAGCACCGAGACAGGUCCAGCAGGACGCGCUGCUACCGCCACUGCCAGCAAUAUCCCAGCUACUUCUGCGGCCGAUUUGCUGAAGAAGUUCUGACCUGCCUUCCUGCUUCGAUCUGGUCAGCAUGAUCUCGGAGUAUAGCAUAUUGCGUGCGGGGCUGGUUCCUGGAUGUUUGUCCUCGGAAUAACAUCGCCCAGUAUUGACAGAAGGCUUCGUCACAUUCUUG